AUGGAAGUCCUGCCUUGUUCCCGCGUGGCUCACAUUGAGCGCACCAAGAAACCUUACAACAACGACAUCGACUAUUACGCAAAGCGCAACGCCCUGCGCGCGGCUGAAGUAUGGAUGGACGACUUCAAAUCCCAUGUGUACAUGGCGUGGAACAUACCAAUGACGAACCCUGGAGUUGACUUCGGAGACGUGUCAGAAAGGGUUGCUUUACGGCAGCGUCUGCAGUGCCGGAGUUUUAAGUGGUACUUGGAGAACGUCUAUCCUGAAAUGAGGGUUUACAACAACACCAUCACAUACGGAGAG